AUGGCUGUGUGUGGCCUGCGGUUCAUGCACCUGGGUGUUCGCAGUGGAGUCAUUUGUGUUGUUCUCUCCCUCUGGGUUUUGGUGUUUGCAGCAUCAGCACAGUGGUGUGAGGAUCAAGUUGCGUGGGUGUGCAUUGCUGCGUUAGUUUCACAGAGGAUGGAAAAAGGGGAGUGCAGUACACAAAAUAGAAAUUUGCGUAGGCAACUUAUGAGGAAUAGAAGAAGCACAUGUGACAUAUAUGCUUCUCUCAAUGCCUCUUCUUCUUCUAUUCCACAAUCUACAAAUAAGCGCCAAGCAGUUCGUCAUGGAAUAUUUGAUGUUGUCACAAAUUCUGCUGAAGCUGAUUUAGUUGGAAGUGAUGACACUAUUCCUUUUACGUUCGGUGGACCAGACUAUGCAUGUCAAUAUUGUGGGGCUAUUUUCUGGUUUGAAGAGCGCCUUAAAACUGGUGGCUCUCAACUCCCGGUAUACUCCCUUUGUUGUAGGCAAGGUCGGAUUAAGCUUCCAGAACUCAGAGAACCUCCCGAACCAUUGAAGUCUCUAUUAGAUUAUAAUGGCAGUGAGACUUCUAAGCUUUUUCGACAGCAAAUAAGGGCCUAUAAUUCCAUCUUUGGAUUGACUUCUACUGGUGGGAAGAUUGACAGAUCUAUCAAUGAUGGUGACGCCCCUUAUAUAUUCAGGCUAAAUGGUCAAAAUCACCAUAUGAUUGGAUCAUUACUUCCUCUGGCUGGUGAAAGGCCUCAAUUUGCUCAACUAUACAUCUAUGACACAGACAAUGAAGUUGCAAAUAGAGUUGCUGCUAUUGGUGACCAUGGCAGAGAACCUCAUAUCGAUGAAGCUAUUGUGUCCCAACUUAUAGAUAUGUUUGAUAGAGUUAAUGCCUUGGUCAAAAUCUUUCGCAUGGCAAGGGAUCGAUUUAGAAAUGGUGAAAUGCAUUCUCUGUCAUUAAGGCUCUGUGAGAAACGUCUCACUGAUACAAUGCAAUACAACUCACCAGUUGGCCCUCAAGUUGCUGGCUUAUUUGUUGGAGAGCUUGGCAAUAGCGAAGAAGGACGUGAUAUAAUUGUGGAGCACCAAUCGGGAGCAUUAAAGCGUAUUAAUGAUUUGCAUCCGUGCUUCAUGGCGAUGCAAUAUCCUCUUCUUUUUCCAUAUGGAGAAGAUGGUUAUACACUUGACAUCCCUUAUCAAAAUACCCCUGGAGCAGCUAAAUUGAAACGAAAAUUCGUUACCAGACGUGAAUAUUAUGCCUAUAUGUUGCAGCAGCGAAACGUUGGUCGUGGGUCAGUUAUUCUUGGAGGGAGAUUGUUUCAACAAUAUAUUGUGGAUGCAUUUACAUGCAUAGAAGAUGAAAGACUACGAUACAUUCGAUUCAAAUAUCAACAAGAGCAUUUCAGAUCUGAAAUCUAUAGUGGUAUGCAAGAUGCAUUUCUCCGAGGUGAUAUAAAUGCUAAAUCUAUUGGCAAACGUAUUAUCUUACCUUCAAGCUUCACUGGCAGCCCACGAUAUAUGAUCCAACACUAUCACGAUGCUAUGGCAAUUUGCCGAUCACGAGGAAAUCCCGAUCUUUUUAUCACUUUUACAUGCAAUGUUCAAUGGAUUGAAAUUCGUCAAGCACUCAAUCUCAUUCCAGGUCAGAAAGCAGAGGAUAGACCUGAUAUUAUAUCUCGCGUUUUUCACAUGAAGCUAGCAGAGUUAAUGAGGGAUAUCAAACAACGUAACUACUUUGGACAAGCUGUUGGCGCCAUUUACACAGUUGAAUUCCAGAAAAGAGGCCUACCUCAUGUUCACAUCAUCAUAUGGUUGCACCAAAAUGACAAAUUCCCAGCAUCUGCUGAUAUCAACAUAAUCAUUUCUGCGGAGAUUCCCGAUUGCAGAAAAGAACCCGAUUUGUUCAAUGUUGUGUCACGAUUUAUGUUCCAUGGCCCUUGCGGUUUGGCAAAUCCUAAGGCACCAUGUAUAAAGAAUGGAAAAUGCUCCAAGCACUUCCCUAGAAGAUAUUGCAAUGAGACUAUUGUCGGUGAAGAUGGUUUUGCAAUUUAUAGGAGACGCAAUGACGGUAAAACUGUAAUGAAGCAAGGAGUACCACUUGACAACAGGUUUAUUGUCCCCUAUAACAAAGGUCUUUUGCUGAAAUAUCAAGGCCAUAUCAAUGUGGAAUGGUGCAACCAGUCCAGAUCCAUAAAAUAUCUAUUUAAAUAUAUUAAUAAAGGCCCAGAUAGGACACGAGCUCUUCUCCAAGAAAAUGCUGAUGCUAUUUCACCAAUUGAUUCAGAGGUAGUUGAUGAAAUAAAGAUAUAUAUAGACUGCAGGUAUCUAUGUGCCUAUGAGUCUGCUUGGAGGAUAUUUGAGUUUGAGAUACAUUGUAAGUAUCCUGCUGUGCAAAAUCUCACCAUACACUUACCUCAAAUGAAUAACAUUGUCUUUCGGGGAGAUAUGAAUAUUACUGAAGUCCUCCAUCAACCUGGUCUAGAGAAAACGAUGUUGACAGAGUGGAUGCAAAGAGGACAUUCAAUCGGCCGCAUAUCCUACGUUCACCCUUCUGCGGGAGAAAUUUAUUAUCUGCGGAUGCUGCUUGCUUAUGUCAAAGGAGCAACUAAUUUUAGUGAUAUAAGAACUGUGAAUGAAACAACAUACAACACAUUUAAGGAAGCAUGCAAUGCAAUGGGACUAACUGGAAAUGAUCGAGAAUGGCAUGAUGCCCUUCACGAAGCUGCCAAUUGGGCUACUUCUCAUGAACUCAGGACUCUUUUUGUGACAUUAAUUAUGUUUUGUGAAGUUGCUGAUUCAAAAAGGCUAUUCGAUGCACAUCUCAACAAUUUCCAGGAUGACAUCAUUUACAAGCUCCAGAAUAGAUUUGCCAUGGGUCCUUCAACAAUAUCACCUUCACACAUCAGAGAUCAAGUACUACUUGAAAUUGAUGCUAUAUUAUCAAAGAAUGGAGCCUGUCUUAGUGACUAUAAUCUACCACUACCUACGAAUACAUUGGUGCAGCAACUCAGCAACACUAUGUUAAGAGAAGAGCUGACUUAUGACAUAAAUGAACUACUCCUUUGUGCUAACAAUAUGGAGCAGCAGCUCAACAUCGAACAAAGGAACAUAUAUGAUGCAAUUUUAAAUGCAGUAUAUGCUGAAAAAGGAGGUCUCUUUUUCCUUUAUGGUCAUGGAGGAACUGGCAAAACCUUUGUGUACAAAGCUAUUAUUAGUCGUUUGCGUUCAGCAGGAAGAAUUGUUCUUGCCGUCGCAUCUUCUGGAAUAGCUUCUUUGUUGCUACCUGGAGGUCGAACAGCUCAUUCACGAUUUAAAAUACCAAUAAAUAUCCAUGACCACUCAACAUGCCAUAUGAAAAAAGGGACCCAACUUGCUGAUCUCUUGGAGAAAACAAGUCUCAUAGUAUGGGAUGAAGCACCUAUGGCACACCGUAAUUGCUUCGAAGCACUCGAUAGGUCAUUAAAUGACAUUCUAGAUAUUGAUGAAUUAGAUGGCACAUAUCGACCUUUUGGAGGAAAGGUUGUUUUGCUUGGUGGUGAUUUUAGACAAAUCCUUCCAGUGGUUCCUAAAGGUUCCAGCUUUGACACUGUUAAUGCAUGUAUUGCUAGAUCUAAUCUAUGGAAGCACUGUAAAUUUUUUUACUUGAAGACAAAUAUGCGAUUAUCAGCAAAGGGUUUAAGCAAUGAAGAGAAACUACAAUUGACCUCCUUUUCUGAGUGGCUCUUGGAUGUUGGAGAGGGCAAAAUUGAAGCAACCAAAAUGGAUGAGGAAGAAGAUUAUCCAACGUGGAUUAAGGUGCCAGAUCAUCUUCAAGUACAUUCUGAAAUGGGAGAUAUAGAGGCUAUCACAUCUGAAGUUUAUGAUAACUUAUCAUCAAUGUACUCUGACCCAGCAUACUUAAAGCAAAGAGCUAUUAUAACAGGCACAAAUGCAGCAGUGGAUGAGUUAAAUUGUCAUGUAUUGUCAUUGAUACCAACUGAGCAAAGAAUAUAUCUUAGCUAUGAUUACAUUUCUAAUGAUGACAAUGCAUCAGAUGAUAUGGAUGUUCUUUAUCCACCAGAAUUCUUAAAUUCUCUAACAUUCAAUGGAGUCCCAAAUCAUGAACUUCAGUUGAAAAUACAUUCGCCCGUGAUGCUGUUAAGAAACCUCAAUCAGAAUAGUGGAUUAUGCAAUGGAAGAAGGCUAAUAAUCUCAAGACUGGGUGAAAGAGUUGUAGAAGCCAAUAUUAUUUUAGGUACCCAUAUAGGCAACAGGGUAUACAUUCCAAGGAUAAUAAUGACAGCUACAGAAGCAAAAUGGCCAUUCACCAUGAAAAGAAGACAGUUCCCUCUUAGAUUGUGUUAUGCCAUGACCAUAAACAAAAGUCAAGGGCAAACACUAGACAAAGUUGGGCUAUAUCUCCCGAAGCCAAUUUUCGCUCAUGGCCAAUUAUAUGUAGCUUUGUCCCGUGUUACAACAUAUAAAGGCCUAAGAAUUCUUAUAAGGAACACAACAGAUGAACCAAUGUUGUAUACCAAAAAUAUUGUCUAUGAUGAAAUCUUUAAUAACCUUUAG